CGCCCAAAGCGGAAGUGGAUGCUGGCGUAUUUUCAUCACCUGUGAGAGCUUUCAGAGCCGAUUAUGUAAAACGAGGGAAUAACGGUUUUCUGGAAAUGAUUUUUAACGUUUGAAAUGAUUUUAUGAGGAGAUAACGAGCCGAGCUGAGCAGCCAGGAUGAAUUUAGUGGUGUUUUUGGUGAUAAUUUCGUCGGUGGGAGCAGCUAAACCAGAAGGCGACGAUGAGUGGGUUCAUCUUCCCAACAGAUGUGAAGUCUGUAAGUUUGUCAGCAUCGAGAUGAAGUCGGCCUUCGAGGAGACGGGGAAGACCAAGGCCGUCAUCGAGAGCAACUACAACUUCAUCGAUGGGAAGGGGGCACCGCCGGUCAAAUACGUCAAGUCCAUCGCUCUGAAACUCGGCGGUUUGAGUUUCAGAGCAGAAAUGAAACCGGCUCUGCGUGGAGGGACAGGCAUGUCAGAGACCUUCUCCACUCUUCAUGGUUUGGUGAACAAAGGAGUAAAGGUGGUGAUGGACAUUCCCUACGAGCUGUGGAACGAGACGUCCGCAGAAGUAGCCGACCUUAAAAAACAGUGUGAUGUGAUGGUGGAGCGGUACGAGGAGGUGAUUGAAGACUGGUACAAAGGAAACCAGGAGGAAGACCUGACCACCUAUCUGUGUGAGAAACAUGUUCUUAAAGGAGGAGACACAGCCUGUCUGCAAGAAGACUGGACCGCAAAGAAGAAGGGAGACCCGGCAGCGAUCGCAGAGAACACAAAGAAGAAGAAGAAGAAGAAAAAGAAGAAGGGGGAGGAAGGAGAGGAGGGGGGCGGCAGCUCGGACAACGAGAAGGUGACCAAGAAGAAGAAGAAGAAGGAGAAGAAGAAGAAAAAGGGGAGGUCUCCGGUGGAGAAGAUGGACGGAGGCGUGACGUCGGACGAGGAGAUCCAGCAACAGGAGCCUCUUUCUGGGCAGAAAAUGGAGCUGUGAGUCCUGGUCCUGGUCCCGGUCUGGACCUGCUCACUAAAUAACUCGUUAGUUUUUUACGUCUGCGUCGAUGAUCAGAAAUCAGCCGAAACGUUUCAGAUGUUUUCAGGACCUCACGUUUAACGACUCUGUACAAAAUGGCUUCAUACUAACUCUGCUUCGUUUCAGUUUAAUUUCUUGGAUUUUUUCUUUAAGGUUUUGCUUUUAUUCUGUGAUAACAUCCAUCAUUUAAUUCCACUUCAUUAUUAGACAGACAUCCCUCAAUUUCAGGACAUUUUUAGAAUAUGAAUGUAAUAUUUUUUUAAACUAGACUAAAGACAUCAGAUCAAGCUUUGAGUGAUUCCAUC